UAAGAAUGAAUUUUCUACCAAACUUAUUUCUGAUUUUCUACUCAGUAUAAAAGUUCCUAAAUCUUUUGAUGAAGCAAUAACGUUUAUUAAUGAGCUUUCUUCAGAAAUGAAAAAACAAAAUAAUAGAAAAGGGGUUUCUAUUGAGUAUGAGCUCUAUUCACUUUCUAAAUUUGCAAAAUUGAUCAAACUAGAUAUUACUAUUGAUCGUAUUAUAAUUAAUUUGAAUAAAGAAACAAUUUCAAGAUUAGAAGAUAUUUUUGAUGAUCUUUCUGAGUCUAAAU